AACCACAUACCAUUUUGAUCCAAUGGAAACUCAAAACUAAAUUCAUUUAAAAGAAGAAAAAAAUCCUUUCUUAACUGCCCAAACCAACCACUCAUCCUAACGGAUAAAACCAUGGCCACCUCCGCCGCCGCCGCCACCGCCGCCACCGCCGCCGCCACCGCCGCCACCCCACUCUUCUCUCCGACCACUCCUUCCCUCCACACAAUUACCAGAAUAACCUUCAUCUCCGCCACUCCAAAAUGCACCAGACCAAUCACCAAGCUCCACGUGUCCUCCAACCCAGUUGCUUCAUCAAGUACAUCCAAACCUAAUCAAGAAUCCAUCUUUUUCGACGGAGGAGCUCACUAUGGAGACCUCGCAGCUAAUCUCCUUCUGGGUUUCACUCUUCUUUGGCUCCCAUUAACCCUAGCUGCAGUAUUUAGGGCUUUUUACUUGAGGUACAGGUUUACCAAUUUGAGAGUUACUGUUAUUUCCGGGUUAACGGGUCAAGACCGGAGCGAUUUCUCGUAUAAAGUCAUCAAAGAUGUUCAGGUUGUUCCAAGAUUUAUUGGUGAAUGGGGUGAUGUGAUUAUCACAUUGAAAGACGGGACUGUUGUGGAUUUGAGGAGUGUUCCUAAAUUUAGGGAAAUUGCUAAGUAUUGUCUUUCUAUGGCUGAUAAAGAGUCAUCUGGAGUUUUGAAGGAGACUAAUACUACUACUGAUGGGCCUAAAGGUUUUUGACAAAAUAUAUGGUUAGUGUUUUUACUUUGUUUGAUUUGAAUACAUUGUUCUCUCGAUAAUCUUAGUAGCUCAGUUGGUUGACUAUAUGAACUUUCGAUAUUUUGUUCAUGUUCAUACAUUGUUCUCUGGGUAAUUGUAGUAGAACAAAACAUUGUUGUCCUUUUUGUCAAGGGUAUGUAAAGUUUUCAGUUUGCUGUUAAUGUAUUCAACUGUGACAAUGGUUUUAGUAUAUAUGCCUAAUUGAUUUGUA